AUGAACGCUCCCAUCACAUCCCCGACGUCGCAACACACGUCAGCAAUGCCUUCGUCCCAGCCAUCGCCCACGGCCAUGAUCGUGCCGCCGCAGCCGGCGCCGCUGAAGUCGCCCUCGACAGACGUCUUUCUGAAAGACUUUACCCUGGUCGCCGAGGCCGCAAAGCGAGCCCAGAUGGCUGUGUUGAUGCGCGACAUGGAGGGCAUCGGCCUGUCAUAG